CGGAGACAUCCGGUAAACGCAACUCGACGCGGAAGUAAAAACGGAAAGUAGCACCAGCUUGUUGCUAAUGGAGGGUGCUAGCAAAAUGGAAUUAUUAAAGCAAGGCGCUGAAGCGCGGAUAUACAAAACUAUAUUUUUAGGGAGGCCGACAAUUGUAAAAGAAAGAUUCCAAAAACGUUACAGACAUCCAGUUCUGGAGGAAAAACUCACGCACCGAAGGACGGUCCAAGAAGUUCGAGCCAUUCUUAGAUGUCGGAGAGCAGGCAUAUGUGCUCCUGCGGUCUACUUUGUGGACUACACGUCUCACCGCAUCUUCCUGGAGGAAAUCCAAGAUAGCUCCACAGUGUGCGAGCACAUCGCCUCGUCCUGCGCUGCCGACAUGGCCCUGGAGGGUCUGGCUGAGAAAAUGGGUCAGAUGUUGGCCAGAAUGCACGACGAGGACGUGGUCCACGGAGACCUGACCACGUCCAACAUGCUGCUGAGACGUCCUGAUGGACACGCAGAAACCGAGCUGGUCCUCAUCGACUUCGGUCUCAGUUCCAUCUCGGCUCUUCCAGAAGACAAAGGUGUGGAUUUGUAUGUGCUGGAAAAAGCCUUCCUCAGUUCUCAUCCCAACACAGAAGAAAUAUUCAGCAGGAUGCUGAAGAAAUACGCAGCUUCUUCCAAAAAGUCUGCAGCCGUCCUAAAAAAGCUGGACGAGGUUCGAUUAAGAGGUAGAAAACGAUCCAUGGUUGGAUGACAAGGAACUUUUAUUCUUAUUACUUAAUCACAAGACCACAACAGUCAUAACUGUACAAAUAUCAUAUUCAGUUGCAGAUUCUGUUUCAUGUCUUAUUGUUUAUGUAAUCAUUAUGUAAUACAUCUGAAAAUAUUACUUUUUAAAAGCAAAUUGUACAAAUGUAAUCAUUUCACUAUGAAUAAAAAAAGGCACAAUACUA